AUGGUUUGGUCGAAGGGAGAUCUGUUCCACCCAAAAUGGGCUAGCCCAUAUCAAGAUAAAGUCUGGAAGAUGGUUUGGUCGAAGGGAGAUCUGUUCCGCCCAAAAUGGGCUAGCCCAUAUCAAGAUGAAAGGGAGAUCUGUUCCGCCCAAAAUGGGCUAUGUCCAAAUCAAGAUGAAGUUAAGAUGAAGUCUGGAAGCAAGUCAAUUAAGAAGAUAAGUCUGGAAGCAGCAAGUCAAGAAGAUAAGUCUGGAAGCAGCAAGUCAAGAAGGAAGAUAAGUCUGGAAGCAGCAAGAAGCAGCAAGUCAAGAAGGAAGAUAAGUCUGGAAGCAGCAAGCAGUCAAGAAGAUAAGUUAAGUCUGGAAGCAGCAAGCAGUCAAGAAGAUAAGUCUGGAAGCAGCGGAAGCAGCAAGUCAAGAAGGAAGAUAAGUCUGGAAGCAGCAAGCAGUCAAGAAGAUAAGUUAAGUCUGGAAGCAGCAAGCAGUCAAGAAGAUAAGUCUGGAAGCAGCGGAAGCAGCAAGUCAAGAAGGAAGAUAAGUCUGGAAGCAGCGGAAGCAGCAAGUCAAGAAGGAAGAUAA